GCGCUUCUUCUCUCUUCAACAGCUAAUCUCUCUAUCCUCUUUCACUUUCUCUCUCCUCUCUCUCUCUCUCCUGAAAAUUGAGACGGGUCAUAGGCUGCGCUCUGUGUGUGUGUGUUUGCGGAGGAGGAGAUACCGCCACACUUGGCACCUGCAACCCCCACCACUUCUCUCUCAUCCUCUCUCUCUCUCUGUGUUUGUGCGAUUGAGAGAGAGUAUCAAUUAAAAUUUCGGCGGAGGGGUGGCAAAAACCCUAAUCUGAUUGACUGAUCACUCUACGAAGUUCGGAAGCUCCAUGGGGUUGGGACUCUAGCUCAAGAUCAGGCCUUUUUCGUUUUUCUGUGUUUCUGGCUAUGGCGGUCUUCUCCUAGUUCUGACUUCAAUUCCGAGGAGGGAAAAUGUCUGUCGCCGAGCUGAAAGAGCGCCACGUGGCGACAACAGAGACGGUCAACUCUCUCAGAGAGCAAUUGAGGCAGAGGCGACUUUCUUUGCUCGACACCGAUGUUGCGGGAUAUGCCAAGUCUCAGGGAAGAACACCGGUCCGGUUUGGACCUACGGAUCUAGUGUGCUGCAGAACUUUGCAAGGUCAUACUGGAAAGGUGUAUUCAUUAGAUUGGACUCCUGAAAAGAAUCGGAUUGUAAGUGCAUCUCAAGAUGGGCGAUUGAUAGUGUGGAAUGCGCUAACAAGCCAGAAAACCCACGCUAUAAAGCUACCAUGUGCAUGGGUGAUGAACUGUGCGUUUUCGCCGACCGGCCAGUCUGUUGCCUGUGGUGGUCUUGACAGUGUUUGCUCUAUCUUCAAUCUUAAUUCACCAACCGACAGAGAUGGGAAUCUGCCUGUAGCGAAAACGCUUAUUGGUCAUAGGGGUUAUGUUUCCUCCUGUCAAUAUGUUCCAGAGGAGGACACUCACUUAAUUACCAGUUCUGGUGAUCAGACCUGUGUUUUGUGGGAUAUCACUACAGGCCUUAGAACUUCAGUUUUUGGUGGUGAAUUUCAGUCUGGACACACUGCAGACGUACUGAGUGUUUCAAUUAACGGAUCCAAUCCAAGAAUGUUUGUAUCUGGUUCAUGUGAUGGAACCGCCCGACUGUGGGAUACUCGCGUGGCAAGUCGAGCAGUGCGGACGUUUCAAGGUCAUAAGGGAGAUGUUAAUUGUGUAAAGUUCUUUCCAGAUGGAAAUAGAUUUGGAACUGGCUCGGAUGAUGGAACUUGCAGGUUAUUUGAUAUCAGGACUGGGCAUCAGCUCCAAGUAUACCAGCAGCAGCAUGGUGACAAAGAUGAACCGUCUGUGACUUCAAUUGCAUUCUCCAUAUCAGGAAGACUUCUCUUUGCUGCAUACGGAAAUGGCGAGUUUUAUGUGUGGGAUACUUUAUUGGCCGAGGUUGUUUUGAACUUGGGAUCUCUCCAAAAUUCACAUGAGGGCCGAAUCAGCUGUUUGGGUUUGUCCGCUGAUGGGAGUGCCUUGUGUACAGGAAGUUGGGAUACAAACCUCAAGAUAUGGGCUUUUGGAGGGCAUAGGAGGGUACUUUGAUCCCGGGAAAGUAUGAAAGUACUGCCGUUGUCUCUUGAGGUUCAUGUCUUCUCGAACCCGUGGUUGUUUUUGUCAUCUCACACCAUUCUUUGUUUGGGUUUUGAGAAAACUACAACCAUGAAUCAUGUGAUGAAUUGCUUGUUGUAAUCCACAUCCAGAAAUGUGACCAUUUUAAUAUUGAAACGAGUAUAUAUUGCUCGAGACCUUCUGCACAAGAGACUGUUUUCUCUCUAUAUGCCUAAAUUUCAAUUCCACCAUUAUAUUUUCUCUUGCCUGGAUAUUUCUACACAUACCCUUUUUGGCUGUAA